UGAUAUUUCUGAAACAAUAAUAUAUAGAUAAAAGUAAAACACCGCGUUUUUUAAUUUUCCCCAGAGCUUUCAAGUUUCAAGUUCAAAGCUUUGAGUGCAAGUGCAACUCAACUUCUCUCUCUAUCUCUGUUCUCUCACACACACAGGUAGCUCCUAAUUUCUGAAGAAGGAAUAUGCAGGCAAGUGAUAGGUUUAACAUCAAUUCCCAACUUGAGCAUCUCCAAGCUAAAUAUGUUGGAACUGGGCAUGCCGAUUUGAACAGAUUUGAGUGGGCGGUGAAUAUUCAGCGUGAUAGCUAUGCUUCAUAUAUUGGGCACUACCCUUUGCUUGCAUACUUUGCUAUUGCUGAAAAUGAAUCCAUUGGAAGAGAACGCUACACCUUUAUGCAGAAAAUGCUUCUACCCUGUGGUCUCCCUCCGGAAAGAGAAGAAGAUUGAGAAUUUCCGUCUGGGGUACAAAGGGGAAAGGGCUAAUCACAAAGUUUGUAGCCUUUGAUAAAUCAUUGUACUGUUAUUCUGAUUGAAAACGUAUGGUUGUUGUUAGAGGUUACUGAAUCAUCUUCCUCUUUCUUGUAGAUCCUUAAGAUUUAGUUAAAUGCAAGCUAAUAUUGGCUCUUGAGAGGUUGAGUUUAGCUUUUUUUUUUUUGUUUGGCUUAAAGGAUGGUCUUUAUAAAUUGUAUGAGCUUGUGUAUGCGUUUGGCAUGAGAAAAGAAAAGGAAUACUUAUAAGACAUAGGAGAAUAGUAGAAUCUAGAAGGCAAAGUGCAAUAGGCACUUUUUUUAAUUUAAAUAUGAGUUUAGAUUCCCAAAGAUUUCGAUUUUAGAUUAAUUAGUUCUAUAAAAAAAAUUAAUUAGGUCAUUUAUAAUAAUAAAUGGUGAACGUGUAUGUCCUUUUACCAAUAGAUAGUACAAAAUGAAAUAGGGUUUCUUAUGUAUUUUGUUAUC